CUCCCGUUUUACUGGCGCCUCGUCGUCGUCGCGGCGCUCGCGGACACUAGCGGUGACUAGCCACCUCGCAGUUUGUGUAAUGUAAAGUGUAAGUUGUAAUUGUGUCGGUAAAUUCAGAAAAACACAAUAGGAUAAUAAUAGCCAUAAAUAAUGGAUAUUAGUUCGAGUAAUCAACGCAGAGCCGUCUGUCAGUAGUGCACCUGCGCUAUCUCUGACGUUUUUGUUAUGAAGAUCUGGAUGAAAACAUACGUACGGUAAAUAAAGAUUGUAAAAAGACAUGGAAGAUCAGGUAGCUACGAUGAAUGAAACUGAUGCGGAGUCGACGGGAUCGAAUGAGCCCAAUGAAUCAGAAAGGCAGUGUCUAGGUACCCGAUAGUCGUAAAUAUAACAUGUAUUUUAAGAAAUUAGCAAUUUAAAGAGAAAACAUCGAAUUGGUCAGUUAACCGUCGCAAUUUUAACCAGCUACUUAUUUUGAGUUGUAAUUAAACUCAACAUUUAAAAUUUCAAGUUUGGUCGAUAGAAAUUUUUCUACAGUGCAAUGUUGUAUUUACUGAAUAAACGUUAAAAUGCUAGUCAACAUUUUAUGUCAUUUAGACACUGUAGCAGAAAAUGAUGUGAAUAGCAACGAAUCAGCAAACUUGAUUGAAAAUGUAAACAUGAAUGAGAACAAUGAAACAUCAUCAGCAUCUGACACUCAUGAUUUUGAUUUGAAUUUACCUGCUUCUCAUUCUUACUUGGGAUCAAAUUUAGAAGAAUUACGAGGGAGAACAUUGUUGGAUGAGGGCAUCUAUAUUAAUCUACCUUUACUCAUCAAGCAGUCUGUGAUACUAUUUCCUGGACAAACUUUGCCCAUGACAGUUUUUGGUUCAAAUAUAAUUGGGAUGCUGGAAAAAUGUAUACAAAAAAAUAGAACCUUUGGUGUGGUCUGCCAACAAAUUGAUAAAGAACCAAUAGGUACAACUGCCGAAAUAUAUGAAUAUUCACAAGGUAACCCUGAGGAAGGGUUUCGUAUUAAAGCUAAAGGAAGACAGAGAUUCAAGAUUUUACGAAUGAUGCAGGGUUACAGUGAGAUUUCUGCAAAUGUCAAAAUAAUGCCAGAAAUUACUCUCACACAUCCAUUUAUUGAACAAAGGUUAGCAUCAUUGGAUCAUCAGAGAAUAAGACCAGUUAAUGAAGAGGAGCAGAAGAAACAAGAGAAAUUAGAAAGAUUAGAAGCUAUGUUAACACCUUGGCCAGCUUGGAUUUAUCGACAAUACGAUCCCUAUACACUAGCUUUUAAAAUACGACAACAACUUCAAUUUAUUGAAACUAGAGGUAGUUGUAUACCCACAGACCCUACAGAGUUAUCAUUUUGGGUUGCUCAGAAUUUGCCUUUAAAUGAUAGCGAACGAAUGGUACUAUUGAGGUAUGACUGUGCGAUCCCUAGGUUGCAAUGGGAAUUAAAAUAUUUAACGAAAGACCGAAUUCUUGUGUGUUCUAAUUGUGAAAAACAUAUUGGAAAUCAGUCAGACCUCUUCCCAAUGAGUAAAGAAGGUCCUCAAAGUACAUUCUGCAAUUCUGGUGGAUUUAUUCACGAUACAGUGACACUAUACCAAGCAAAAAAUCUGACACUUAAUGCUGAACCUCCUUCAGCAGAAUACAGUUGGUUUCCUGGCUAUGCAUGGACAAUUGCUACAUGCAAAGGAUGUGGCAUACAUAUGGGCUGGCAGUUUACAGCAGAUAAAGAUAAGACUUUGCGACCUUCAGCAUUUUGGGGCUUAACGAGGAGAGGAUUAAAAUCGAAACUAUUAUCAGGAUAUGCAGAGUUAAUAAAUUAUUCAAGUGAUGAGAAUAAUCAAAAUUCUGAUUAGAGGCUUUGAGUUACGACCCAUGGUUUUUCUGGCAUCGGGACUCAUCCGUAUUUAUACAUGUCUGAUAAAAGCAGCUGUACUAAUUGAACUGUGUCAAAAAUGUAGGUAUAUUUGAGAUGCAUGUAAGACCUGGAGAAGACUUUCAAGAGCACCUGGAUAGGAUAUUAUUAGAAAAGAUUCUGAUUCAGAUGGCCAUCUACGAAAUACGUUCUAUUUUGGGAUUUUCUCUUAAUCAAGAAAUCAUGUGCAUAUUUACUUCAAAUUGAUAAAUACCUUAUUCUUUUGUGAAUAUUCUUAGAAGCUAUUCAUUUAAAACAAAAUUGUGAUAAUUAUAUUUUUUUUAUCGUAAAUAACUCGAUACAUUUUACUAAACAGAAUCGAGAAGAGAAUAUGUAUAGUAAGUUUUUCUUAGGUCUUAAGUUGAAAGAAAAUGUUUGGUGUAUCAUAGUCAUAUAAUAUCUAGCAAAAGCAGAUAGAAGCCCAAGAAAUUAAACAUUUUAUACUUUUAAAUACGAAAAAAACGUGAAAAAACAAUAAGUAACAUUUUCAAGACUGCAUUAAGUAAAUAUGCAUAUAAUAAACACUUGGUGUAUUGUAUAAACUGAAUAUCGCCAAAAAAAGUUUUCCUGAAUUUUAGUAGUUGUAGCAUCGAUUACGAGAAUUAUCGAUUAUUAACUAGUUGUGUUAUUGUUAAAUUUUGUUUAGUAUUUUAAAUAUGUACUAACAUAAUUUAUAUUAUAUAGACCGAAUAAAGUGUACUUUUUUAAUACCCGA